CUUCACAAAAACUUUAAACAUCGAACAUUACCAGCAAUUCGAUUUUCAAACAUCGCUUUCGAUAUUCAAAAGUUUCAAUUUUUUUUGGUGAUUUCCAAGGGGUGCCGGCUGAGUCAGCAGAGGACCAGGAAGAGAUAAAUAAAAUGAUUGAAAGAAAAUUUCGUUCACAAAUGCAAUAAUGAUCAGAUUUUUCAAUUAAAAUAUGAACAUGGAAGCGGCGCUACCACAUUUCCACCGAUUAGCCUCUUCGAGGUUUUACCAGCAGUAUGCAGCACCACCAGUCCGCAUUUCCAGCAAUUAUCUCCACGACCUUGUCCCUCAACAUAACCCUACACUUCUUCAACAAUAUCUAGCAUACUACCACGAACCUUCCCUGCCACUUGAUCUCUCCGUAAAACAAACUACUCCUAUCACACCGCCAUGCACACCACCGCCUGCACAAAAAAGGAAAUCAGAAGAACCAAAGCAAGAUAAACCACAUAAAAUAUUUCGCCACUUCGAAGAUGACGAUUCCAAAGACGAGAUAGAAGAAAAGAACCAAAAACGUAAAAAUGAUGAGGAAAAUUCAAACGAUAGUGAUAGUCCUGAAGCUAAAAAAUUAAAAUUUACAAAACAGUUUUUUGACGAGCUACGAACAUGUCUACCGAAUGAUGGUGACGCUUCGAAAAGUGACCGAAGUUCGCCUGAAAUUGUGGAAAUAAAAGAUGUGGAAGAUCGUCCUCGUAAAUCACCAAAACCGCAACAACCAUUAAAAAGAAGUAAAGCUGUUAGACGGCUGAUGUUUGAUGAGGAUAAAACAUCGCCGGUGUCUGGAACCAUUAUAAGAGAGCUCGAUGAAGAUGAAACUUUGGUUGUAAGAAAGGGCGAUAUCGAUCCGGCUUUCAACGUGGUGGAAGUGACUGAGGAGGCAAAGGCAUUGAUAGCUACGAUUGAGAAUCGCCUCGGGCGGUACAUAUGCAGGCUGUGCCGCCGGCUCUACAAUGAUGCGUUUGCGCUGGCCCAGCACAGGUGCUCGAGAAUCGUGCACAUUGAAUACCGGUGUCCUGAAUGUGAUAAGGUGUUCAAUUGCCCUGCUAACUUGGCUUCCCACCGGCGAUGGCAUAAGCCCCGGGUACCAGGCGUGACAAAACGUCGAGAACCUUCUAACCCUGAAUCUGGGAGAUUUUCCUGUGAGCGCUGCGGAAAGCUCUUCAGACGUCAAGCGUAUUUGCGCAAACAUUUGCUUGCCCAUGACCAACCGGAAAAUGUGACUGAAGUUGAAAAGGAACCAUCCGCUUUUCGCCAAGUUCACGUGGAUUACCAGUCUCACCAACCUGAAGUUCGAGACAGCAAUUAUAAUUCCUUCUGGGCAAAGAUUCCGGCUCCACAACAGGAGUUGAACUGGGAUGAAGUUCGAACAAGGUGCCCAUCGAAUUGUUCUUCAGAAGAUUCUCGAAGCCUGGACGUGACGGGUUCAGAGGAUGAAGGAGGCGGGGAGGCGAGGGGGGAUGGCUGACGUCAUGUUCUGCGGCCAGUGCCGCGCUUCCCUUACCCUCUAUCUAACACUCUCUACCCAUAUUCAGCUCCUUACAACCACGAUUCGAGCUUUUACUUCUCCUAAAUUGUUAGAGUAUUUACAUUUAGGUGUGUUACGUGUUUUUGC